GCAACUGGUUUAGACUUUGAAUUAGAAUAGAAAGAAAGAAGCGGUGGCAGUGUGAAUUGUGAUUCAAAGGCUUAAGAGAGAGAGAGAGAGAGAGAGAGAGAGAGAAAGAAGGAAAGAAAGAAAGAACUUCACAAAAGGGGUUUCUGCGGCUAACUGUGAACUGUGAAGUGAAGUUUUAAGGGCUGAAAAAAUAUAUAUAUAAAGAAAAGAAUAUACAGAUAAUAUAUACAUAUAGAGAGACCCAGAGAGAGACUUUUGGAGAGAGAGAGAGAUGGUGGGCUCAGGAGGAGCAGAUAGGAGCAAGGAAGCUGUUGGGAUGAUGGCCCUUCAUGAGGCCCUCAGAAGCGUCUGUCUCAACUCAGACUGGACUUACUCAGUCUUCUGGACUAUCCGUCCUCGCCCAAGAGUCAGAGGUGGUAAUGGUUGCAAGGUUGGAGACGAUAAUGGGAGCUUGAUGCUGAUGUGGGAAGAUGGGUUUUGUCGAGGAAGAGUAGGAGAUUGUCUGGAAGAGAUUGAUGGAGAAGAUCCUGUCAGGAAAGCUUUCAGCAAAAUGUCUAUCCAGUUAUAUAAUUAUGGAGAAGGGCUAAUGGGAAAGGUUGCUUCAGAUAAGUGUCAUAAAUGGGUAUUCAAAGAACCUUCUGAAUGUGAACCAAAUAUCUCCAACUACUGGCAGAGUUCUUUUGAUGCUCUUCCUCCAGAAUGGACUGAUCAGUUUGAGUCUGGCAUUCAGACUAUUGCUGUCAUUCAAGCUGGUCAUGGACUUCUACAACUGGGGUCCUGCAAGAUUAUACCUGAAGACCUUCAUUUUGUGCUGAGAAUGAGGCAUGCCUUUGAAUCUUUGGGUUACCAAUCUGGUUUCUACCUUUCCCAGCUCUUUUCUUCAACCCGAAAUACUUCCUCUUCAUCUUCAAUUCCCUCUAAGCAAUCUCCCAUUCCAACCCGCCCACCUUCGCCUCUCUUCAACUGGGGUCAAAGGCCACUCCCAACUGCAGCUUCUAUGCUUUCUUCGCCAAAUUUUCAAAACCCAGCAGCUAGACUUGGAUUUCCACAAUCAAAAGAUGAGCCCCAUAUGUUCAUCCUUCCUCAUUCAGCAGAAACCCGAAUGGAAGAAAUGAUGGGAGAGCACGAAAAUGACAUUAAAUGGCCUAAUGGGCUGUCUUUCUUCAAUGCUUUAACUGGACGCACCGAUGAUGCCAAGUUUUUGUUCAACCCUGAGAGCUUGGGGAACAAAGCAGACCAAAAUCACCACCCUCUCAUCCUUGAAGGAAAGAAUCCGAAUCCCAAUCCAGAUGGUUCAAAUAUGCAUAGUGCAGGCAGUACAAAUCCCAAUGAGUUCUUGAGCUUGGAUAGCCAUCCAGAUAGUGCAAGAAAAAUAGAAAACAAAUUCAAAAGGAGCUUUACUUUACCUGCAAGAGUGGCCACAUCAUCUUCUUCAACUUCAGUUGAUCACCAUCAGCAACAAGCUGUUGAGUACAGAAAUUCUGAUGCAGGGACUGGGAUGUAUUCAGAUGUCAUGGAGACAUUCUUAGAGUGAAAUCUACAGAAGGCCUGUAUUAGAGGGAGAAAGGGUGAGGAAGUUGUAUCUAGGAAAAAGCUUCUGUUCACUUUUGCUACUGGGAUUCUUGUGUUUGUUUUCAUGUUCUUUCACUAGUACUUGUGUUACCUUUAAUCAGUUUACUGAACUUUCUGAUCAUUUGUUGUAGUUGGUCCUAACAUAAGUUUUCCUCACAAAUUUUCUUUGAAA